AUGUCUCCCAAGUUCAACAACCUACUCGCUGCUGUCUCUGCUGCCCUCGGGCUCGCGUUGGUCAUCGUCCAUCCGCUCGUGACUGCGAUUGGCGUUGGAGCAAUGGUGCUUUACGGAAAGUCUUCCAAGUUUCCUCCUGAAGGAGCAAACAUUGGAGAAGGAAGUCCCAGUCCUACUGAGACAUCCAUGACUUCCGAAAUCGACAACCUCAAGGCGCGGCUCAAGCUCGCGGAGCUCGACGAACGCAUCAUCGCGACCGAGCUCGGCGCAAUCAAGGCGUGCAACACUGCAUUGGAAAUCGAACUCGCGGCGUUACGCCCGGCGUUGAAACUCCAAGCCGACAGAUGCCGAGAGCGCAUCAGGAUUCGGGACGAAGAAGUGGAGGCGUUGCGGGAGCAGGUGUACGACGCCAACGAGAGGAGGAGGAGCGAGAAGGCCGAGGCUGACAAGCAGAGGGACCACGCUCGUCGGGUGGAACAGAAGCUACUGGCUCUUUCCACCGCAUGGAGCUACUCCGAGCAGAGCAUGGCUGUCCUUCCCCCUCCCCCGUCACUCUCUAUCUCUCCCUCCACCGACAUCCAUACCCUUCAGAACGCUCUCGCCGAAGCCAACCUUAAAGUCGAGGCUCAGACCGACCGCGCCGAGUUGUCCGGACAGGCGUUACAGUCGUUGCUUCACAUCAACGAGCAGGUCUGCGCACGGAUGGAGGCUCUCGAGCGCACGAUAGCGGAGCUGAGGACCGGAACAUCGAAGGUCUUCAGCGUUCGCGAUCACCACACUGCCUCGCCACUUGCCCCCGUCGCCCUAUCCUCUUUCGAUUCUGUCAUCAACUCUCCCCGUGUUCCUUCUUCGAUGAUCUCGUCCGCUUCUCUUCCCAUCCUUCCCAUGCAUUCUACACCACCUCCGAUAAUGUCCUCUACUUUAAUAUCUACCUCUCCUUCCACCCCCGCACUCCCCUUAUUCACUCCAUCACCCUCUUGCACUAUACCCAUGCACUCCGGUUUCUCUCCAAAGGUUUCAUUCUCAUCUUCAGCCUCCGCGCUCCAUUACUUCUUAUAUCCUUCCCAUGACCCCGCCGAGAUCGACAUUGCUUCCCUCAUCGACUACAUCCACCACUUGGACCAGCUCGUCGCAUCUCUGGAAUCGAAGAUUCGGACGCUCGAGUACACCAAUCAGGAGCUCGAGGGCGACCUAGGCGACCAACUCUUCAUUGCCGUGCAGCUCACGGAGAUGAUCUUCUCCGUGGGCCAGGAAGCCGCUGCGAAUGACGAGAAGAUCAACUUCCUCAAGCGCGUCAUUCUCAAGAGGCUUGGCGAACAGGAGCCCGAGGGUGCGGAGCGGUACAUCGCGGACACAAAGAGUCUUCAUCCUUUUCCGCACGUCAUCCUAACCCAGCCCGAGGGUGGGAUUGUGCGCGGAGUGGACAAUAUCAGCAGGCUGAUUUCAACUCGCAACUCUUUCUAUUCCCCGAUGUUCGCGUCCACUCCCUCCGGAUUCGUUGGGUCCAAGCGCUUGACUCUCAGCAAUAUCUCAAUGUUCUCCGACGUCAAUCGGCUCAUCGACGAUGGGCGGCUGCUGAAUCUUUGGGACGACGACCCAUUACCCUGGGAUGUCAUGCUCCGUAAUCUAGCCGAUUUCUCGUUUGGCGUCGACGUUGAUGCGUGCUCCGGAGAGGCGAAGGCAGAGGAAGAUCUACGCGAGGGCUCAGUCUAUGUCACUGGUGACAUAGCUUCACUGUCCGCCUCUUCGGACGACGAUGACACGGAGCAUUCGGAGGACGCGACAUCAUCCAGCUCAUCUCUGAUGCCUUCUCCUACAUUGCCGUUCACUCCGCCGACUUCGUCACGAUCUUCCUCUCCGCCUACUUCGCCAUCAACGUCUUCGGUGGGUUUCCCAGAGGAUGACGAGUGUCUGAUCGUCAACACGAACGAGCCGGGGCUACUCAACUCGCUAUCGUCUUGUCGCUCCCUCCUCGCCGCCCCCUCGUCAACUAACAUGCUCGGUCGGCUCGCCUAUUCCCAGACGCCGGCGUUCGACGAUGUAGACUGGUUCAUCGGGAUGGUAUCCGCUAUUGGGUCUCAGGGUAGUUGCUGGCAGCUUCCCUAGACGCUUUUUGUGGAUUUCCUUUUCCCUUUUGUACCAUUGCAUUGUUUGAUUCUAUGUCUAUGGCAGAGCAAAGGUCUUUUGUCGCAGUCACUACUACUCAUAAUCUACAGUCUUACUUAAUCUUCCGGCGCGGUGUGCAUGAUACGAUAGGUCUCCCCUGAAAAAUCACAACCUUUUUUAAUCCAUGGUUUAGCGUCCAUUUCUAAUCCAAAUAUCCUCGCUUUAAAAUCGC